CCCUACGCCCAACACCCCGAAGCUCUUGCCUCCGUGCGCGAGAAAGUCGAAGCAACGAACGCAGGCACGCACAUCGAGCCCGUCAUGAACGCCGGCUUCGAAGACCAGCACGACCACACGCAAGUAGCUCCCAACCCAUCCAUGGACAGCUCACAGCCACAACGGAAAGGAUCGACCAACGAGGCUCUCCUCGCCCUAGCCGACUUCGGAGCUACCGCUGUCGCUCACGGUCGAGAGUCCAGUACCGAUGAGCAUACCGUCUCACGGAACACGAGAUCACCGUGUGAUCUGCCGGCGCAUCUCCAUUCGGCCACGCCGAGGAAGGUGCCGAUGUUUGCGAUGCCGCAGCAGCCGAUGAGUGAUAUUGAU